CACCACCGUGGAACACAUCAGUUCCAAGAACCAGGGAAUGGAGACAGAAGGAGAAAACUUUCUCUCAGGUGAAAAUGAAGUUCCGACUUGUGCUGGGGAAGAGAAACGAGUUGGUACUCGGACAGUGUUUGUUGGCCAUCGACCAGUUUCCGAAACAGAUGCUUACAUUGCCCAAAAGUUUUGUGAUAAUAGGAUAAUCUCAUCUAAGUAUACAGUUUGGAAUUUUCUCCCAAAGAAUCUUUUUGAACAAUUCAGAAGAAUAGCAAAUUUUUAUUUCCUCAUCAUAUUCCUUGUACAGGUAAUAGUAGAUACUCCAACCAGCCCAGUAACCAGUGGACUUCCACUUUUCUUUGUAAUAACUGUUACAGCCAUUAAACAGGGAUAUGAAGAUUGGCUAAGACACCGAGCUGAUAAUGAAGUAAAUAAGAGCACCAUCUAUACCAUUGAAAAUGCAGAAAGAGUGAAAAAAGAGAGUGAAAAAAUCAAGGUUGGUGAUAUAGUAGAAGUAGCAGCAGAUGAAACUUUUCCCUGUGAUCUUAUCCUCUUGUCUUCAAGCAGUGAUGAUGGCAUCUGUUAUGUCACAACGGCAAGCCUUGAUGGGGAGUCCAAUUUCAAGACUCAUUAUGCGGUACGUGAUACCAUUAUGCUCUGUACAACUGAUUCCAUUGAAAACCUCCGUGCCACAAUUGAAUGUGAACAACCUCAACCUGAUCUCUACAAGUAUGUUGGGAGAAUCAAUAUCUAUAAUGAAGGUGCAGAAACAAUUGCCAGGUCUCUAGGUCCUGAAAAUCUGUUGUUGAAAGGAGCAACACUCAAAAAUACCAAGAAGAUUUAUGGAGUAGCUGUUUACACAGGUAUGGAAACAAAAAUGGCUUUGAACUACCAAGGAAAAUCUCAAAAACGCUCUGCUGUAGAAAAAUCUAUCAAUGCUUUCUUGAUAGUUUAUUUAUGCAUUCUUCUGACCAAAGCUGCAGUAUGCACCGCUCUGAAAUAUUUCUGGCAAAGUUACUCAUAUAAUGAUGAGCCCUGGUACAACCAAAAAACUCAAAAAGAACGUGACACUUUCAAGGUUUUGAAAAUAUUCACAGACUUCCUAUCAUUUAUGGUUCUGUUCAACUUCAUUAUCCCCGUCUCCAUGUAUGUUACAGUAGAAAUGCAGAAAUUCUUGGGCUCCUUUUUCAUUUCUUGGGAUAAAGAAUUGUUUGAUGAAGAAAUAAAAGAAGGAGCUCUAGUUAACACCUCAGAUCUUAAUGAAGAACUUGGUCAGGUAGAGUUUGUAUUUACAGAUAAAACCGGAACCCUUACAGAGAACAGCAUGGAAUUCAUUGAGUGUUGCAUAGAUGGACACAAAUACAAAGAAAGCAUUUCAGAGGUCGAUGGGUUCUCUCAAACUGAUGGUCCCUUAAAAUACUUUGGAAAAAGUCGAGAAGAGCUGUUUCUGCGAGCUUUGUGUUUGUGCCAUACUGUGCAAAUUAAAGAUUGUGACAGAAUCGAUGGACCAACAAGAGGAACAGAAUAUACUUACAUUUCCUCUUCACCAGAUGAAGUAGCCCUGGUGAAAGGAGCCAGAAAGCAUGGGUUCACUUUUUUAGGACUUCAUAACCACUGCAUGAAAUUAGAAAAUCAAAAGAAAGAAGUAGAAGAUUUCAUUUUUUUUCUCCUGAAGGUAUGAACUCCUGCAUGUUUAAACUUCGAUCCCGUCCGUCGGCGGAUGAGUGUAAUUGUGAGAACAAAGCAGAUAUUUCUCUUUUGUAAAGGAGCCGAUUCAGCGGUUUUUCCCAGGGUACAAGCUCACGAGAUAGACAUAACUAAAGUUCAUGUAGAGCGCAAUGCAUUGGAUGGGUACCGAACACUUUGUGUGGCCUUCAAAGUAUUAACUCAAGCUGACUAUGACAAAAUUGACCAGGAGCUUUCAGAAGCUAAAAUGGCAUUACAGGAUAGAGAAGAAAAGCUGGCCAAAGUUUUUGAUGAUAUAGAGACCAACAUGAAUUUGAUUGGGGCCACUGCAGUGGAAGACAGACUUCAAGAUCAAGCAGCAGAAACAAUUGAGGCUUUGCACGCUGCAGGGAUGAAAGUCUGGGUGCUCACCGGAGACAAGAUGGAAACUGCAAAAUCCACCUGCUAUGCCUGCAGACUUUUCCAGACGAGCACUGAACUCUUGGAACUAACAACAAAAAACCUUAGAAGAAGUGAGAGAAAAGAGGAUCGACUGCAUGAAUUGCUGCUGGAGUAUCAUAAAAAGUUAGUGCAGGAUGGUUCCAAAAAUAGAAACCUUAAAAGAGACUGGGCAAUACAUCAAGAGUAUGGAUUAAUUAUUGAUGGCUCAACAUUAUCACUUAUAUUAAAUCCUAGUCAAGAUUCCAGUUCAAGUAAUUACAAAAGUAUUUUUCUACAAAUUUGCCUGAAGUGCACUGCAGUUCUGUGUUGUCGGAUGGCCCCUUUGCAGAAAGCGCAGGUCGUGGGAAUGGUCAAGAAUACAAGAGGGAGUCCAAUUACACUGUCAAUAGGCGAUGGUGCCAAUGAUGUUAGUAUGAUCUUGGAAUCACAUGUGGGAAUAGGAAUAAAAGGCAAAGAAGGACGUCAAGCUGCAAGAAACAGCGACUAUGCUGUUCCUAAGUUUAAGCAUUUGAGGAAGCUGCUUCUGGUUCAUGGACAUUUAUAUUAUGUGAGAAUAGCACAUCUUGUACAGUAUUUCUUCUAUAAGAACUUUUGUUUUAUUUUACCACAAUUUUUGUACCAGUUCUUCUGUGGAUUCUCACAACAGCCAUUAUAUGAUGCUGCUUACCUUACAAUGUACAAUAUUUGCUUCACAUCAUUGCCUAUCCUGGCCUACAGUUUGCUGGAGCAGCACAUCAACAUCGACACUCUGACCUCAGAUCCAAGAUUGUAUAUGAAAAUUUCUGAUAAUGCUAUGCUGCAGUGGAGCCCUUUCCUAUAUUGGACCUUUCUGGGUGCCUUUGAUGGAAUCGUAUUUUUCUUUGGGACUUUUUUUGUUUUUCAAACUACAACGUUACAAGAUAAUGGAAUGGUAUUUGGAAACUGGACUUUUGGAACAUUCUUUACCAUUUUAGUGUUCACCGUAACGCUAAAGCUUGCAUUGGAUACUCGAUUCUGGACGUGGAUGAAUCACUUUGUGAUUUGGGGUUCUUUAGUCUUUUAUGUAUUUUUCUCAUUCUUUUGGGGAGGAAUUAUUUGGCCUUUUCUCAAGCAACAGAGAAUGUAUUUUGUAUUUGCUCACAUGCUGACUUCAGUAUCGACAUGGCUGGCAAUAAUUCUUCUGAUAUUAUCAGUUCUUUCCCUGAGGUUCUUUCUGAUAGUUGUAAAAAAUGUAAAAAGAAGAAGUGCCAGGGUAGGCCAGUCAGUGAGGGUAGCUCCAAGCACCCUGGAUAAUAUUUCCAUCAAACCUAUUCCCAAGUGCCUAGAUGGAGCUAUAGCAAAGGAAGCUUCAAGUCCAGGGAGUUAUGCCCGAAUUCUCCUUCAGCUUGUCGUCGGGCCCGCGGUUCUCAGGAACUGGCAGGGCCGUGUCUCCUAUCAUGGGUCCCCUCAUCACUUGGCUCUUCCUCCAAAUGUGACAGCUUACCUUGAAGCCAUGCUUUAUGAGCACUUUGGUGAGCUGGACCAACAGCGUUUAUUGGAAGUGUACCUGGAAGUGAAUAAAGUUUUGGAUGGCUGAUAGAAUUGGUAAUCUUGUCGAUAGGAGUCAUUAGCCACAUACUGUCCAGGAGUCUUGCCAUCUAGAGUCACUCAAGACAAUGGCAGCAUCUACUGCCUUUACGAAACUCCUUCCUAUUGCCUACAAGUCCUAAAUCCCCGGAUAAUUAUCAACAGGAAUAAAAUUUCAAGUUAUUACAUUGAUUGUUUUGUGUCGUUUUCUCUGAAGGGUGCAGUGAAUCAGAGAUCUCGAGAAAACGAAACUGAUUCAUUCUGUGGUCGUCAUCUCAAUUCCCUACGUCUCCCAAACUUUUCCACUUCUCCCUCAACUUUGUAUUUUAGUUGCUUUCUCUCCCUGAAUGCUUCCUUCUUCUCUAAGCCUGCCAGCUCUGAGAAACUGUCCGUUGCAUCCGAGAAUAAAUUUAUAAUGAGAAAAGG